AUGAGCUACGAUGAUGAACAAUAUCAAAUGAGCGAAGAAGAUAUGAAUCAAGAAGAAAUGAGUGAUGAUGAUGAAAAUCAAGAAAAUGAUGAUGAUGAUAGAAAAGAAAGAGAAACUGAUAUGAAUAUAACUGAAAAUGAUGUGUUGAAAGAAGACCAAUUACCAAAAUAUGAAGUUGAAGAAUCUCCUAUUAUUAAUAUUGAUUUAGCAAAAAAAAGAAUUGCCUCUCUUUGUACUUCAAUUAUUUCUGAUACUACUUCAACAGAUUUUCCAUUAGCUCUGAGAGAAUUAUUAUCUUUUUGUUCUUCAAAAAAUAUGGCUAUAGCUGGAUUAUCCCGUUUUUCAUUAACAAAAGUAUUUUGUGAUAUUCGUCCAGAUUAUAUUAUUAAAAGUAAUGAAUUAUUAACAUCAGCUAAAGGAACACUUUCUAUUGCAGUAAGAAAGAGAGUAACAUUUGAACAAAAUUUAAUAUCAUAUUAUGGAAAGUUCAUUUCAUUGUUAAAGAGUGAAAUUAUGAAACCAUCGUUUAAAAGAUUAUUAAUCAAAGGGAGUGUUGUUAAAACAGCAAUGGCACAAAUUUUAUUAAAAGUUUUAUGUGAUUUAUUAAAAAGAAAUUGGCAUUUUAAUUUUCAUAUUACAUUAGUUGAACUUUCAAUGGUAUUCUUAUUUUCAUCAAAUGAAGAAUUCAAUUAUCCUAUUUCACAAUCAUUACAAGAAGUUAUUCAAGACGAUUUAAGAGGAGAUGUUACAUUAGAAAUUGUUAGAAGAAUUGCUCAAACUGUUAAAAAACAAAAUUAUGAAUGUAAUCCAAACACUAUUCGUCCAUUUCUUGUUGUUGAAUCAACAUCAGAAGAAAUUAAUCCAUUUAAUAUUAAAACUAACCCAAGAAAAGAAGAGUUAAAACAUGUUGAUCAUAAAAAACAAAAGUUAUCAAGAAAGAAAUUAAAAGAAUUAAGAAUUGAAAGAAAACUUGAUAAAGAUGUCAAAUUAAUUGAAACUAAAUACAGUGUUGAAGAAAAAAAGAAAUAUAAUAUGUUAGUUUUAGAUACUAUCUUCAGAACAUAUUUUAGAGUAUUAAAAGAAAAUCAAGAAUCUCCAUUAGUUCCUUUAGUUUUAGAAGGAAUGUCUAUUCACACUCAUAAAAUUAAUUAUGACUUUAUGUUAGAUAUUAUCAAAUUAUUACAACAAUUACUUGAAAACAAAGCAGACAAAUUACAACCAAUUGAUACUAUUAGAGUCUGUUAUACUAUUUUUAAUACAUUAAAACUUCAAAAUUUCCUUGUUACAAUUGAUAAUGUUCAAUUUUAUGAAUCAAUGUAUAAGGUAUUAGACCAAAUUCUAUUAUUCCAAGAUGAUUUUAUUGGAGAACAACACAUUGAUAAUAGACAAAAAUUAGUUGGUGUAUUAAAAAUUAUGCUUCUUGAUAUUAAACAAUUGCCUCCAGUUAGAAUUGCUUCAUUUGUUAAAAGAAUAUUAAUUAUGAUGUUGAACUGUGACUCUUCUAUAGCUUUAGACUUCUGUGCUAUUCUCACUUGGAUCUUUAAAAGAUAUCGAGAUACUUUUAUUGGUCUUAUUGAACAAGAAAAUGGAUUUGGUAUUUAUAAUCCAUCAGUCCAACAACCAGACCAUUCAGGUGCAAUCAACUCAUGCUUAUGGGAACUAACAUUGUUACAACUUCAUCAUAGUCCUCAAAUAAGAAAAUGGGUUGAUUCAAUAAAAAUUCUUCUAACUAAACACUGA